AUGGGUGCUGGCCUCGACUCCAUCGCCGCAGUCGAGCUCAUCUCGACGUUGAGCCAGAAUUUGAAUAUUGAAAUCGAGCCGACUGCAUUAUUUGACUAUCCGACAAUCGCGAGUCUUGCGAAGUACUUUGCUGGAAUGGAGCCUGCCCAGGCUGUAGUCCUACCGUCAUUGCCACAAGCUUCCAUGAAACCGCGGGUACAAGUGGAUGUGGCUGAGGUUGUCGCGAAAGCUGUCGAGGAACUUCUCGGAACAAUUGUCCCAGACGACGCACCACUUAUGGGUGCUGGUCUCGAUUCGAUUGCCGCCGUCGAAUUAGUUGCAACGUUGAGCCAAAACCUGAGCACAGAAAUUGAGCCAACUGCAUUGUUCGAUCACCCGACGAUCGGGAGUCUUGUCAGGUACUUUGCUGCGGAGAUGGAACCUAGUUCGAUGACAUCAGCAUUAGACAGUAGCGAUAUCCUCCAAGCUUCCUCAGAAUACAACGCGGGUAAUGAUAAAAUGGUACAGUAG